AUGAGGAACUUAUUUGUUCCAUAUAAUGGAUAUGCAGACCUCUCACAACAAGUGCAAGUGGCAAUGGAGAACAUGCUGAAGAUGAUAGGUGAAAUUGAUCAGAGCUCUACUGAAGUAACAGAAGACAUGGAGAAGUGCAAGGACUCUGCUCUUGAGAGGAGGAAAACUUUAGAGGAACAGAAGGAUCAUUUUCAAAGAGCUGCUUAUGCUAUUUUGAACAUGCAGAAUAACCAGGAGAGCGGCUAGAAC